AUGACACGGACACAUCCCCCUGAUAUACUGGCAUCGACUUUGUAUCUGGACAUUAAUUCAAAUCCUAUCAACGACCACUCUUUUUCUCUCGACUACUCCAAGCAAUGUGACUUGAAAAUGAUAGACAAACCAGAAAUCAUUAACAAAAGGCACUGCCGUAGCUUUGACUUCAUUGAGUCACUGGAUGAUCCACAGUCUUUUUCAUCCUCAAUGGAGUACCCGUACAAGAGAGCUGAGCAUCAGACAUUAAACAAAGAUGUCAUGUGGAAUGGACUUGAUCAACAGGGACAUCUUCGCUUUUCGUCUCCGGAUCUGUUUAAUACCCGGCAGUUCCAGCAGCAGAACAGCCAUGAAAAAAACAGCCAUCUUACAUGGUCGGACUCUAAAAAGAGAACAAGAUCUAAAAGUGCUCCAAGGGUGAAGUCAACCCUAACUCCUGUGCCCAUCUCAGUGUCUCCUCCAGGAGCCAGGAAGGGCAGGGAUGUACCUCAGGCUGCAUCAGAUACCUUGAGGACUUCUGAAACACCAAGAGAAUCCUACACAUCAAACAGGGCUUUUUUGAAUGAGGUGCAUCCUAUCAAACUUCAGCCUCACUCUCCCCUCUAUGUGUCGGACUGUUUUGAGGAGGAGAAACCAGAAAAACCAGCUGUAACCCCUCACGUCAGGUGCCGUGUGGACAUUAAACCAGAUGCUUCUGUACUGCAACACACAUCUAGGCAGGUUCCUAAUGUACGGACUGAGCACCUUUGGCAGAGAUACUCCCAGGCUAGUAGCAGUCGAGGUUUGUAUGUACCACGGCAGAUUGUCUCCUCGCCAACACCCACACCAAGCGAAUGCUAUAGUGGAGAUUUUAGACAAGGAUACCACUACACCACCAGCAUGUCUCCAAUCUCCUACCAGCAUCUAGACACGCACAGAAUGCCGUCACCAACAGCACCAUAUCUAAGUCAAGAGCAAAGAGCUUACUCAAAUCCGAAUAUACCCACCAAGUUUUUCUACACAGAGGACCCUGUUCGGUACCCAGGCCAUCCCUAUUCUAGAGCACAGUUUCAGGAUGAUCGCUCUAGUUUAACCAGCCAUGGUAGUACAAUGACAUGUCAGUAUGAUCCAAGGACUAGAUUGGUGCAUACCCUUCCAGUCAGGCCAUAUUACACAGAGCGCCUGUCCAACAGAGAGCCAGCACACUCUGCAUAUAAUAGGCCUUACUCCACGAGUGAGGCAGGGUCCUACUUUUCUCAAACUCCAUUGUCAAGAUCUUACUAUGGCGAGGACAGCCAGUUCAAUCCAUACCAUAUGAGUAACCCAAGGUUGUACUAUCCCAAACAGUUUAGCUCUCCUGAGGAGCAGUACUUUCACUCAAGGCCAUAUCAUACAGAGGGUCGUCAACGCCCACGAAUGUCCCAGGCAUUUUCAGAUGACUGGUAUCGCUCAAGUAUAUCUGGUUAUUCUAACCGGUCUUCUCUGCACACACCACCAAGUGUAAGACAAGACCCCAGUAUACCCCCAUGGUUUACUAGCAGCUAUGUAGACACAAGUAGACUAGGAGCGGAGGUCAAAAACCAUUCCAAGUCUUGGGACAAUAUUCUAUAUCCACGGCAAGACAGAGAGCAGACAGUACCUCGUGGACGAAGCUAUGAGAAUCUGUUUUACCAAACAAAGCAUGGAGCAUCCACUGAUGUUACAUCUCAACCUGUUAUACUUAACCUCUCCAGUUCGCCAAGACGUUAUGCUGCACUCUCAGUAUCCGAAAACUCGUUAGAGAGGGGGUCAAGCAGUCCGUGGAGGAAUAUCAAGAGUGGGAACUGGUUUGUAACGCCUGAGAUUACCAUAACAGACAAUGACAUCUCUGCAGCUAACAGCAAGCGACGUGAUGUGCACUCUGUCCGUUGGGAUAUGCCGGAUGCUGAAAAGACAUCAUCUUCGAGAAUACUGCAUCAGAAGCAGCCGUCCACCACACCAGACAUAACCAAAGACAGGAAAAACAACAACUUCUCCCUCCAGCAGAGUCUAGAGCAGCUGGACGAACUACUAGCAGAUUUGGUUGUUGAUUACAAACCACCAACUUGCAGAAAAGCAAGUGUAGACCUUUUGGACCAGCUAAAACAUCUCAUUAAUGUAGAUGAUGACAAAGACAGAGAAUCUUCUGGACUUGAAAACUUAGGCUGUCUGAACACACAGCAGUCCUCUAAAUCAAGCCCUGACACAAUCAAAGACCCUGACAGUGGGUUUGAUGCUUUACAAAGGAGUGCAGAAGAAUGUUCUCCAGACCACAGCACAGAUGACGAUGACACUAUGGUGUGUGCUAACAAGAAAUGCAACCGGAUCGAGAGUAUGUUCAAUGCUUGCUUGUACUACAAGUCAUGUCACAGUUGCUACACCUUUUAUUGCUCACGAAACUGCCGCAGGGACAACUGGGAGAACCACAAGGAAACCUGCCUUUAUGGUCGUGUCAGCAGUGUGUGCCGACACAUUCUUAAGUUCUGCAGAGAGAGCUCAGAUAUCCACAAAGCCUUUUCUCGUGUGGCAAAAGCUGGCUACCUCUCCAGAGGGAGAGGCGUUCUCUUUCUGGGUUUUGCUAAUCCAGACACAGCUGACAACUUCCUGCAAGUUGGGCUGGAGAGCCUCCUCAUGUCUCCCACGUACUUGUCUCUCAGAGAGCUGGAUGGAUUCAAGGACAACCUUGGUGAAUACUGCAAGGAACUGCUGCAGGCAGGGAAUGACUAUGACCCCAAUGAAUGUUUCCUUCUGAAUGUAUCCAUAGCUGUUGGUGAACUAGUGCCGAAUAGACCUUCACCAAGAGUCCAAGCACCAACAGUUCGAAAAUAUGCAAAGGUGUCCUUGGCCUCCUCAAGUCCUGACAAAAAGAUAAUUAAGAAGGACAGUGAAAUGGAAACGCUCAUCCUCACUCCACCUCCAGGCACACCAGAUAUUGACAAGGAGGGGGAGGCAGGAAGAAAAGCCAGAGAGGUUUGCUUUGUCAACAUCCAGCGUGAGCUGAGGACCAGGGGAGUCUUCCUUCGUCACGAGAAUCCCAAGAUCUAUAAUCAGCUGUGUGAGUUUGUGGAGAGCAACAAAAGAUUCACUCCUACCACGAUUUACCCAAUAGACAAGAGAACAGGGAAACAGUUUAUGUGCAUGAUCAUGGCUGCAUCUGAGCCAAGAACACUGGACUGGUUGGGUACCCCUCAUCUCUUGGAUGAUAUAAUAUAA